UUCUAGAGCAAAGUAGGGAAAGCAGGGGCCGCGGUACCAGCAUGACCUCUCUCCCUCUCUUCCCACAGCUUUGCCAGCACUCCAGAAAGAUGUGCUCCCGUGGGUCCUGCCACAGCCACGAGACCUCCUGCCACAGCUCCCGCUCCUCCUGCCACGACUCGGAGCCCUCCUGCCAUUACACCAUCCAGAGGGUCCCUGUUCCCAAGUACUCCUGCGUGACGCCGUGCUGCCCCCCGGUGCAGACCUACUGCCCCCCAGUGCAGCGUUACUGCCCGCCGGUGCAGCGCUACUGCCCACCUGCCCCCUACUGCCCCCAGUACACCAAGAACAUCUGCAAGCUGCCACCACCGUGCCCCAAAUACUAGCUGCACCGGCUGCCUCCUGCUCACGACGCCCAACGCUUGAACCGCCAGAUCUCUAUUCCCAUGUGGGGUGAAUCCUUGAAUACUUCUUCUGCAAUU